AUGUUCCGUACUUUCCCCUCCCUUGAGGAGGUUUGUUCUGCUAUAAAAUUUUGUGCUUCUACUUUUUCAAAAAAAAGUGCCGAGGAAGUGAUUUCAACUAUUACGCAAUCAACGAGUUCUCAAGCUUAUACGCAGGAGAAGGGCUACCUAAUAGAAGUGACAACCUCAAAUGUUCGCGGAUCUGGCACCUGUGCAAAUGUUUUCAUCACCCUUUUUAAUAAAAAAAAUGAUUCAUCAGGCAUUUUUAAUUUGACUAGAGAUGCUUCUGUGGAGAAAAAUUCUAAAUCAUUUUUCCAAAGAGGGCAAACUGAUGUAUUUUUGAUUCCAACUUCUCAAAGUGUGGGUGAUAUAACAAGGAUACGACUAGGCCACGAUAAUACCGGGCAGUUUGCCUCCUGGUUGCCCGAAAAAGUGAUUGUUAAAGAUAUUUUAUCAAACAAAGAGUACCAGUUUAUAGUUUCUGAAUGGCUGUCCACUUCUGAUGGUGGCCAAACUGUCAAGGACAUUUAUGUAAGCGACUCCUACACAAUUGCCUCUAGUAGUUUUUCUGAGGAACUCGAGUACAAGGAUAUAACGGACUUUGCUCCGAGAGCUUUUGAGUCCCUACGCACUUUUUACGGAAUUAAACUAGACGACUAUGUGGACUCGUGGAACAUACAAACUGGAAAAACUUUAAAAAAAGGAGCCGGAAGAAGCGGCUCGCAGUUUUUAAAGUCGAAGUGCAAACGCUUCAUUCUUAAGACGAUUCCUUUUGUGGAGGUUCAAACCUUACUUAGUGCGCUACAAGAUUAUUAUUAUCAUCAGCUCUCUAACAAACAGUCGCUUAUAAUGCGGAUAAUAGGCCUCCACCGGAUCAAAUCCAUUUAUGUCAUUGUGUUUUGCAACUGCCUAUACGCACCAUCGUCCGUCAAUAUGACAAUAUACGAUUUGAAAGGUAGAAAACCAAAACCCGGAAAACAGUUUCAAAGUAAGGGAAGUGGAAAAGGAUAUGUUUAUAAAGAUAAAGACCUCGACAGGAACUUUUUUUUAUCGAAAGAUAUAAAGCUCGACUUUUUUGAUACUGUUAAAAAAGAUCUGGACUUUUUUAUUAGAAAUAAUCUUAUGGAUUAUAGCUUCCUUAUCGGUGUUUCCAAAAAGAAGGACGGGACCGUGGUCUAUCCGCCUUGGGCCCGUACUUUGGAGAGCGAAGAAGAGUGGGGGGAGCUUUUCCACGUGGGGUUCAUCGAUUGUCUCACGAGUUAUACUCUGAAAAAAAGGGUUGCUCACGGUUUAAAGCGUGUUCUUUGGACCACGUGGGAGUUAUCCACCAUUAAUGCCAUAGCUUAUGCAAGCAGGAUGGGCCUUUUCUUAGUCUCCAUUUUCGAGGACUCUCCUCUGGAAACUAACAAAUAUAAGUCCUCCAGUUUAAACCUUUCCUCUCCGAAACUGGUCAAGGAUGCUUUAUUGCACAAGAGGAUUAAGUUACUGGAGGCGAAAGUAGACCAGCUCAGUAACCAAGUUUUGAGUCUUACUAGGUUUUUAAACACGUUGCAAGAUGGGUGUAGAAAAGGGGCAGGUUCUUCUGAGAGCCACUAAGCAAACUCAACAUAGCUAACGGAACCUUUUUUUUCGGUCUAAUUUAUGUUCAUCCCCUUAUCGGCAAACGUUGUUUAUCUUUGAAAACAA